GACCGCCGCAUCCCGCCCCGGUCACCGAUCCCCUGACGUAGCAGGGGUGUGUCGUUGUCUUGGCCGAGCGACAACACGGCCGGCUGCGUCUGCGGCAGGAUGUCAGCCAGCGCGCAGCUCUCAGUGGUCGGAUGCCAGCUGCUGCUGGUGGUGGCCGCCCUGGCCGUCUGCGGCACCGCGUACAACGACGACAGGCCCAUCUUCAAGUGGAGCCCCAACUUCUUCAACAGCCACUACCGACGCAGCAUGUACAAACGCUUCAAUGAGGAUCAGCCUUUUUACAAGUGGAGUCCGCGGUGGUUCCAACAGUAUGGUGGCACCUUCAAACGAUCGGUGGCGGCUCCGGUGCCAUCUGGUGGUGACCUGCGCGGGAAGAUGGUGUGCGGUGCCGCUGGGGCUACCUGCCAGCCGGGCCUGUUCGGCUGCUGUCCGGGCUUGCAGUGCCUGCCAACGGCUGGCGAGCCGCGCUGUCAGGAGGCUAACGGCCUGUCGGGAGAUCUCAGCAACUUCGCGGACGAAUUUGGCCCGAACGAGGCGGAGCAGGUGAUCCCAGAGCUGCCGACCAAGUCCUUCUGGGGCAGGAGCGGGCCUCCUCCGUUCUUCCCGAGGUCAUGGGCGUGAGGAGGAUCUGUCUUGGAAGCGGCACCUCCAGCAAGGCACAGAGGAACGGGACUGGUGCCAUCAGAACGACAAGGCCCCAUCGUUAGGUGGAAGCAUCAUGAAGUACAGCGAUCGAAACCAUUGUGACCCACAAAGUAGUGACAAGUGGCGAAAUUCGUUCGCCGUUAAAACUUCGCCGAAUGAUUUGUUUAUCGAACGAAAUGUUCUUUGGUCUUCGUUUUGACGCGUGGUACUGAACAUUGACACCUGGGUGGCAAGCGAGACCGCAACGUAUUGUACGGAUCGGGCUGUUUUCCAUUACUUUAGGUUAGCUCUUUUAGUGUAAUAUAUCUUCAUGUGUCGAACCCGUGUGUGUACAUGUGCACACGGUUGUGUGCGUGUGUGACACGCAACCAUCUCAGCAGAUAACGCCAAAAGUGGGUAGCGGGCGCGGAAGUCCUCGAGCCAUUGUUGGUGCUCCCAUUAGAUAGUAUGGCAUGUUGUUACUGCGCAGCCUAGCAUAUCCCAUAUAUUUUGCUCGUUUCGGGUGCAGUAGUCACCACAUAUGCUUUCCUAGAAGACUGUGUGUCGGUAGUGUAGUCCGUGUAAUCAGCUUGUUUCGAAAACGGUUUCCGGCAAAUGAAACCGGUGCGCAUUGACCUCCCAUCUGCUCUAUUAGCACGAUAUGUGUGACGACGUACCAGAGCUUUGAGCCAUUCUUUAGACCAUGUGAUUAAUACGUGUAGCGUUCCUCACCAUCUAAGACCGCGGUUUGGCCGGAAAGAAGCCGUUCAUGCGGGUUCCUAGAUUCGUCGUGACCAUACUUGUGUGUUAUCAUCAUUUGUUUUACGUGUUAAGAUGUGUGACCUCGUACCUUGUUUAUGCAUUUUGUUAUAAGUUGGGAAAGGCCCGGGUCCGAGUGGUUGGAGACAGCGUAACAAUAGUCUCAUGUCGCCGGAGAAUGUGAGGCACCAGAGCACCCAAUUCGGAGGACGAAAAGCGAGGAUGCGCCCCGAUUAAAGACAUGGCAGACAGUGGAGCACGCAGGCACGGCAGACGGGAGGUGAAUAUGGUCAAUGUUUGUUAAUCGUCUCCUCCUGUCCCUAUCGGACUUAAUGAAUACAUGAAAACCC